AUGGCGCCUCGAUUAUCCCUCUUUACAGCCCGCUCAGUGCCAUUCAGGACGAAGCCUACGAUUCCACAGAAAAGAUUUGCUCCUGCUCCUUCCAGCCUGUUGCAACAGCGCGCAGCUAGCGAUAAUGCAGCGUCGUCCAAGGACGACCAGUCUCCCAAAAAGACGCCUCUUCACCCCCAAGCAAAGGGGCCUACUGAGGACCAGUUGCCUCAUGUGACAGAGGAAGCAGUUGCAAUUGACAAGUCGAUGGGGAACACGCCUCCGGAUGUGGAACAGGGAACGCCGGUGCAGGAGAUCUUCAAGCGCGAUAAAGAUGCCCAAGACAAAGCACCCCAAGUCUUCAAACAAGAUCUGAAGCAGGAUUCUUCUACCAGCAGCAACAAUAAGCCACCUUCAGGAACACGGUCUUUUUCGACCGCUGCCAGGAGGAAUGCCUCGGAGGUAGAAGCAGUACCAAACUCGGGGGAAUCAUGGUUAGAUCACUUGGUUCAGUUUCAAGAUACAAGAGUCGUCGGCCUGGAAUACCCGGAUGCGGGCUUCGGGCACAAGUUUGGGUUGCCGGAUCUGAAGCCGCUGGGCAAAGCGGUGAACUUCAAGAGAAGAUAUGAUCCUGUUGUGGAGCAGGUAACACGAAGUCUGAUGAGAGAUGGCAAAUUGAGUCGUGCGCAAAAGGUGAGGAUUGUUGUCAUUGUCCCCAGCCCACAGUGUGCUAAAAAGAAGUGUUGCACACAGAAUAUGCAGUUCAUCCUCGACGCUUUGCGGACCUCAUCUGCACCUCCUACGAACAAAGACCUCAUUAGUCCUUUGCCCAUGCAAUCCCUUCCUCUGUCACCCGUCGUCUAUCUCACCGCCAUAAUCGAUUCCGUCGCACCUCUGGUCAAGAUCCGCCAACAAAGAGGUCUACUGGGUGGUGGGGCCUCCAUGCCCAUUCCCGUUCCCUUGCGCCUUCGUCAACGCAGAAGGACAGCCAUUCAAUGGAUAUUGACUGCUGCGGAUGGUAGAAGAGAAGAUAAACUGGCGGAACGGGUCGCGAAGGAGCUAUUGGGGGUUGCCGAGGGGAGGAGCUCUGCGUGGGAGAAGCGAGCAAGGAUUCACAAGAUGGCAAUCAGUGCAAGGGCCAAUGUGAAGAUUGCGGCCAACGGGAGGAGGACCAGGACCAAGAGUAUUAGAGGGAAGUGA